AUGGAUCUCGCUCGGAUUAUCAAGCCGUGGAUGCGCCAGCCGCGCAAGACAUUCGUCUUCAUCAAUGCCACCAUCAUCGACCCCGUAGAGGGCGAUCUGAUAACCAACGCGACUGUCCGUAUCUCCGACGGCAAGAUUACUCAAAUCGUUACCGACAACUCAACCACCGUGAAAGAGAAUGCGCCAGAAGAAAACAUCAUCGACCUCAGUGGAAAAUACCUAUGCCCUGGCCUAAUCGACUGCCAUGUCCACGUCGCGGUUGUUCCCGGCGAGGCCGACCUACGCGCUUACAAGGAUAUGACAGAGCGCAUCAGUCUGCUGCGACAGCCUCACGUCCUCAAGGCUAUGCUUGAGCGUGGUUUCACAUCUAUUCGCGACUGUGGUGGAGCCAGUUUAGCCGUGAAGGAGGCUGUUGAGGACGGAGUGAUCCCCGGCCCUCGUAUGUUUAUUGCCGGUUUUGCGCUUUCGCAGACGGGUGGACACGGAGACAUGCGCGGUCCACACUCCGAGGAGCUCUGCUGUGGUGGUACUAUCUCUGGUAUUAGCCGGAUUGUUGAUGGGCCAGCUGAGUGCUAUAAGUAUGCGCGAGAGGAGCUUCGACAGGGAGCUGACUUCCUCAAGAUUAUGGGCGGGGGUGGUGUGGCAAGUCCCACGGAUCGCAUCGAGCACGUUCAGUUCUCCGACGAGGAGAUCAAAGCUAUUGUUACCGUCGCCAAGAAUGCCGGUACGUACGUGACAAGUCAUAGCUACACACCGCAAGCCAUCCAACAAGCAAUCCACCUUGGCGUUCGCGGAAUCGAGCACGGCAACCUGAUCGACCUAGAAACUGCCAAACAGAUGGCCGAGAAGGGUACAUUCCUAACACCCACUCUUAUUGCGCACGUCAUGUCUAAGCAAAUGAAUUUCUUGCCCGCCGAAAGCGCCGCGAAGAAUGAUGAGGUCCUGGAGAAGGGGUUGCGAGCGAUGAAGAUGGCCGUGGAUGUCGGCGUUACAGUCUGUUUCGGUUCCGAUCUGCUCGGCCCCAUGCACUUUGCUCAGAGCAAGGAGUUCUCUGUUCGCAGUAAGGUUCUUACGCCCAUUCAGAUCUUGCGUAGUGCAACGAUCAAUGCAGCUCGUUUGGUUAUGCGGGAGGAUUCUUUGGGUCAAAUUAAGGAGGGAUACACUGCUGAUAUGUUGAUCCUGAAUGCUAAUCCUUUGGAGGAUAUCACCGUUCUUGAUCGGCCUGAAGAGAGCAUAAUCGGUGUUAUUAAGGAUGGAAGAGUCAUGAAGUCCCGGUGGGAGAAGCUGACUGCGGAUGCAUAG